AUGAAGAGAAAACUGGCCAUGACCCCUGAAAGUGAGACAAAAAGACCCAGGGUGAAUGGUUUCCACAACAACACCCCCAUGGAGACUGCAUCACCGGCUGCAGAGACAUCCAUGUCAUCCACGUCAGUCGUCAUCCCUAUUGACGAUGACGUUAUGAUCUUGGAGACCAACAGCACCCCUAUUCAAAAUAAGGCAACCUUUGACCUUGCAACGGUAAAAUCAGAGAGCAGGGCCAUGGAGACACCUUCUGGUACUGGCAACAUUAAGACCAGCUGCACAGGAACAAGCUCUGUGGAGAUGGGAACUGCAGUGACCAACUACUCCCCUCCACCACCUUCCUCAGAGCAGGUGAGCAUCACCACCCAGACAGAGAUACGGAGCAAAGUGAAGUGCGAAGAUGAGGAGGACAAGAAGAAGAGGGAGCAGGAGGAAAAAGGUAGAGACAGAACCGAACCAGGCCCCUCCACACCAAGCCCAUCCUCUGCUGGCCCAUCCACACCAGGCCCAUCCUCUGCUGGCCCAUCCUCUUCUGGCCCAUCUGCCCCAGACCCAUCAGACCAUCCUAUGCUUGACUUCCGUAACCUGUCAGAGGCCCAGGAGCAGCAGGACCAGCUGCUGGAGCUCAUGCAGGCUGCAGCCCACGAGAGGGACCAGUUCAAGGAGCAAGUCAACAAGCUGACCUCCCAGCUCCAUGACCUAGAGGGCAGCAUGCAGAGGCUCUCCCAGGCCACUGUGAAGAGCGAGCACUGCCACCAGGCCUGUCAGACUGAAGAAGGAGAGCAGUCGGAGAGGAUGAAGGUCAGUGACCAACUGGCCAUCUUGUAGCCUCAUAUAGAUUUGUAUGUAUGCUGUUGAUAUUUAAUAAGGAAGAUUUGCCCAGCAGCUGUCGGUACAGUUAGUAUUUGGGAAAUGGACAAUGCAGUGUGCAAAAGAACAUUGCCAGGGUGUCUAUCUGAUAUCUUCUUCCUCUCCACAUAAUCUUUUUUCAUCAUCCCCUCUGUGUCCCUGCUUGCUCCCCAAUUUACAGGUGGAGAUUAUAGAGGAGGAGAGGGGUAACCUCUGGUCCCUUUGUGAGACGCUGCAGCAGGACGUGGUGGAGCUGAGGAGAGAGAAACAAGAGUGGGAGAGAGAGAAACAGGAGAGAGAGGCAGCUCAGGCAGCAGCUGCCCAGGCAGAGAGGGGAGAUGGAGAGGCCACUAGUGCUGCUAAUGGCUCGACCUCGGAGACGCCCCAGAUGUGAGGAUAAGAUUUUCAGUGUGCGAAAUAACUUUUGUUUCCUUCAGUAUUCAUUUGACAGUGUACAUGUUGAACAAUCUGUCUGUUUUUCUGUCUCUCUCUCUCAGACUGAGGGAGCUUCGGAAGAGCGUUGGUCGUCUCCUGGUCACGUUUGUCCCAGCGCUGGACCUCGAACAAGUAAACUACGACUGUUCAGUCAUUGACGAGAUCCUCGACCAGGUUCUUACUGACGUGGAGUCCAUGGGGCCUGUGUAG